UGCCCACCACGCACGCCGCGGUGUGGCGCCCAUCCCCCCCUCCCCCAGUCAGCGUGACGAGGAGAAGGGAGAAGUGGAGCGAUCUGAUUCAGGAGACGGAGCGAAGAUGCGCAGGGCGGGGAGAAGGGAUGUGAUAGGAGAGGAGGGGUUGGCGGCGAAAAUAAGAGAGGCAAAUCGAUCGUAGCGGAGUUCGCCAUAUCGGCGCGGGCGCACCGAGUAUCUGCCCCCCACUUGUAGAGCAAAUCGACAACUUUUCACAGUUCGAUUUACUUAAGAGGGCCAGGCCACAACAGAUUCGAGGUUUUUCGGUCCAGCGGGUGCGCCCUAAUUACCCCCACCACCAGAGCACACGACCAGAAACGAGAAAGCCGAUAUGCAAAUCCUGGCUUCAGGUCAGGAACCUGCGUCCUGACCACGGUCCUGAAAUGUUGGCAUCUAACGUAAGUGGCUUCCCGAAAACUGGACUCGUUCGAACUAGUCACGGAGAGGGUGUGGGGGUGAGCCCCCGUGUUUCGUUCCAAGAGACUUGUAGGUAGACAUGUCGGUCAGAGAGAAAUUCGACGCUAAAAAUCUCAUGAAAGCUGGGGAAAUGUCAAGACCUGCGUCAGACACACGGCAACCACGUGCGGGACACGUGGGUGCGGAGAAGGGGGGGGGGUCACUGUACAGAUGAGGUACUAACCGACACCGAACCGGGACCGGUGGGGCCUAACGCUAGCGGCCGGCGUCACCUGUCGUUUGUGGGAAAGGUCAGAUGUCAGUCGAGAUGAAGUAAACCCCGCAGUCGCGAGCGCAGGCGCCGUCGCCGGCCCGCCGCCCAUCGCUCACAGCGGGCGCGUGUUGCGUUAGCCUUGCGACGACGAAAAUAUGACGUUCGAUGGCGAGAAAUAAAGACGGACGCAAUGCUCCUUCCCCGAUCCAGCAUUUCCAACGCCGUGAGCGCGUGUGCGCGUCGUACAGUGAACUUGUGUGAGAGAGCGGCUGGGUGUACGUGACGUGGGAGUUGCCGUGUUCGGGGUAGUACUACCGGGCUGAUAAGCGCACCGCACGUGCCAUUGUUAUGACGAAGCCCCCCAAACAAUCAGAACAAGACUCGCCACACUCACCUCAACUUACUCCCCUAUCUUUUCGGCCUCCAAUCUCACCUCCUGCAACAUGUCCGGCUCCAAAUCCUCCAAGUUCAACUUCAACGAUGCCCUCUUCUUCGCCGAGGUCUACAACAGAGAGUUUCUCACGCGACUGCACUGGUUCGAGAAGAACUACAAGCGGGUGUACGAGGGCAAGCCGGCCGAGUCCGUGCCGAGGAAGGCCGCGGUGCUCUACGACGAGCUGGUCCGGCGGCGCCUGCACGACCAGAAGCACGCCCCUCGCUUCGUGGUCCGGCACUCGCUGCCGCCGAUACCCAAACCAGACAACAGCGUCGAGCUGCUCCCGCCCAUGAGACCCGUGUCGGAGUCCGAACGAGCGCAGCUCAAGGAGGGCUCGGAGGCCUUCCUCAAGGCGCGCUACCGCGCCAGCCCCGACGAGCGCUACUACUACCCCCUGACGAGCAGCUGGGACUACGGCUGGCUGGUAGAGCACAUGCCCCUGACUUCGGUCGAUAUGAAGAUCCACGCACGCAAAAACAUCAUCAAGGAGACUUUCCUGAGGCGAAACGGAGUGCAUCCCGAGCUGUCCCACUAUCGACACACGACUAGUCACAACAGGGACUUCCCCUUCAUCUGAAUUCCGCCAUAUUAAAGGAAUAAUUCAUUUUGGAAGAGCACUUACAGCUAACAGUUUACUCGGAUAUGCCUCAGAAGUAAAACAAAAAAGUAAGGGGGGCACCACAAUAAAAAUGUAAAACAAUGGUA